AUGAAAGACCAUCCAUCAAUCAAGCUCAUUGGUUCUGGAGGCUUUGGAAGUGUAUUUCUAUUGAAACAAUAUAAUCCACCGAUGGUGAUGAAAGAAAACGAUCAUUGCCCAAACUCUUUCGAUCAACAACAAGAGCUCAAAAUACUAAAGGACUUAAUGCAUGAAAAUAUUGUAAAGUACCUAGACCAACCGAUUGAUUUUGAAUGGAAAAAGAAUGGGAAUCUGAUAUUUAUGGAAUAUUGUGAGAAAGGGGCGUUGAAGCAUGUAAUCACAAACGUGCAAAUCAACUAUUCUAUCGCUACAAUUAUUGCAUGGGGUCGAGAUAUUUUCAAAGCUUUGAAUUUCUACAAAAGUGACGUCUACGGCGCUGGUUUGGUUCUCUGGGAAGUUAUCGAAAGAAAACAUUUCUCAACAGAAGUGGAAACGAUUUGUUUUUCUCCAUCAGAUUGCUUGAAAGUCGAAAAACUUCAGAACUUGAUCAUUUGGUGUUCUUGCUCCAAAAUCGACAUUGAAAAACGAGCAACUGCUGUACAAGCUCUUGAGAAAAUAGCUUAUUUGGAAAAAAUCUUUGCUCAUUGUGAUUAUUUGGUGCCUCCAGAAAUUCGGAGAAACCAAAUUUGGUUGAGAAAACCAGAAGGAUUAAAGCUAGCCAGAAAAGAAGAAGAAUCAUCAAUUCUACCUCCAGAUGUAGUGUUGGACGGUUCUAUAAGCAAAGGAUCGAGACAGCAUCUGAUUGGGGUUGGAAGCAAGAUCACAAACGGACUUAUUUGGCAGAAA